AGCAGCUCUCAGUCAGACUGAGUCAGUUUGUCAGGAGAACUCAGGAACAUGGCAUCAUCCUUCCUCUGCCUCAGCCUCCUCUUCAUCAGCCUCAGCACAGCAGAUGGAUUUUUGGAGUAUACGAUGGAUCGCUGUGUGUUUAACUCCACUGAUCCGAAGGACAUCGAGUUCAUCAGAUCUUACUAUUUCAACAAAGUGGAGGACGUCAGGUUCAGCAGCAGUGUGGGGGAGUAUGUUGGAUACACUGAGCCUGGGCUGAAGUAUGCAGAGAACUGGAACAAAGAUCAGGGACAGCUGGCUGCAAUGAGAGCUGCGAAGGAGACGUACUGCAAAACUAACGUUGGCCUGAACUACCAGACUGUUAUUACUCAAUCACCUCCGCCCACUGUCAAACUUCGCUCCAUGACGCCUCUCUCCAGUCAGCAUCCUGCCAUGUUGGUCUGCAGUGUCUAUGACUUCUAUCCCAGUGAGAUCAAAGUGAGCUGGCUGAGAGAUGGAAAGGAAGUCAGUUCUGAUGUCACUUCCACUGAGGAGAUGGCAGAUGGUGAUUGGUACUACCAGACCCACUCACACCUGGAGUACACACACAGGUCUGGAGAGAAGAUCUCCUGUGUGGUGGAGCACGCCAGCCUGGAGAAACCUCUGAUCACUGACUGGGGUAAAUACCUGUCUGUAUCUACACACCUAGAGAACAAGCUCGCCAUCGGAGCCUCAGGACUGAUCCUGGGUCUGAUCUUAUCUCUGGCUGGAUUCAUCUACUACAGGAGGAAGGCCCAAGGUCGUAUCCUGGUUCCCAGUAAUUGAGCCUGGAUCCUGGUCCUGGUUCUGUCUGAUGUUAUAAAAGCAGCUGCUUCCUGUGUUCAGACUGAUGAUGAUGAUGAUCUCUGCCUGGACUCUGAACCGAUCCAGGACCAUCUCAUUGCUGUUGGUGGUUGUUGUGGUUUCACUCUGUUGUUUGAUGCUUCACUGUUUAACUCUGCUCUUCAAUCCAUGUAAUGUAAUACCUGUAUUCCAGGUCUCAGGGUGACUUUGUUCUCUCUGUUCAUCUGAUUCCAAUUUACAGAUUUUAACUUUCAUGUCAAAAUAAAAUGACACAAACUCUCA